UUACAAAAAAUUAAUAAAAUUUCUAUUAAGCAAAUUUGUUUUCAACAAAUUCUCUCAAUUUGUCUGUGUUAUUUUAGUUUUUUUUGUUGUUGUUGUUUAAUUUUCGCGUUUAAUCGCUUCUUCGUUUAAAGUAUAAAAAAUCUCAUUUUAAAGGCUGUGUUUAAAUAAACAAAAUAUUAUAAAUUAUUUAUAACAAAAAACAAGAAUACAUUGUGAUUUAUUUGUGUUUGCGUGAGUGAGUGUUGUGAGCGUUAAAAAAUGGUUGGCAAAAUAUUGGCCAUUAAAGAAUUCGAACAAUUUAGCAGUCGCCGCAGCAGUGUUUACGUUGAUCCAGAAUGUGAUAAAUUCUUUGAACUGCCACUUUUUAUAGCGGCUAGCUCAAAUGAUAUAACAACAAAAUGCCAAUGUUGGCAAUUCAGUCCAGGAAAAGAACCCGCUUUGCGUUCUUUCACCGAAAUCAAACAACUUUUGGAUCUAGGCAAAAAGCGUGAGGUGAAAACUGCAUUACGUGAAAAUUCCUGGCCCAUUAACUCACCCAUUAGAUCACAGUUGUGGCCAACGUUAUGUGGUCAACAUAAUACUAAACCACCUAUGGUUGAGGGUUUCUAUUGGGAAAUGGUUCAUCAGGUUUUUGGCACUACAGAAUUAUCGGAGAAACCGAUUAUGUUACCUGCAUUUGUUGAUGCAACUCAUUGUUUGCCCUACCAUUUAACACGCACCGGUCGCGCUGUCGCCGAUCGUAUUGUUAAUGUAUUGGGCUAUGAUUGUCCCGAUAUCACUUACAGUCCAGUAUUGUAUCCGAUUACAUCGAUUCUAUUGCAUUUUAUGUCUGAGGAGGAAGCUUAUCAUUGUUUGGCCGCUUUAGUGGGUAGCAAGGAAAAAGUGUUCAUAAAUCAAACUAAACUGUUGCAUGAAGUGACAUGGAAAACCGUUAUGCAAAUAGCCAAAAAACAUACAAAGAAUGCCGUUUCAUAUUUUCAAAGAAUUUGUCCUGGCGUUAAGUUGGAACGUGUUUUUAUGGAUUGGUGCUGGUGGAUUUUAGCUGGUCUACCCUUCCAGCAUUUAGUACGCAUUAUGGAUUGUUUCUUUCAUGAAGGCAUUAAAGUUUUAUAUCGUGUUGCUUUAGUCAUUUUAAAUCUCUUUCACAAGGAGUGUCAAUCAAACAACGAAUGGAGUCCAGAUAAUAUUAAAAAUGACAUUGGCAGUGCUUUAAUAAAGUUUUGUAAAAAAAUCCCAGUAUCGCCGGCCAAAUUAUUACAUGCCGCUUUUAGUAUUAGGGGACUAAGUUCCACAUAUAUUUCUAGAAUAUUUUUAAAGACUGAAAUGCUAUUAAAAAGCCGUUCCGUAUUGAAUAGCGGUAAUAAACAAUUAGUUAAAUCGCGUUCCAGCGAUAAUUUACCAACAAGUCAAUCACAAGUCAAUAUACAAAUGAUGUCACACACACUAACCAUUAGAGAGGGUGAAAAAUCUCCUGGCCAUAGAGCCAUUGCCAUGGGUGUUUAUCCCAUUCACAAUUUAAAGUCAACCGUUUGUCAAAAUGAGGAUCUAUUCACAUUGUGGUCAUGGCUUCCUGUUAGAAUAACAAUGUAUCAGCCUGUGCUGUUAUAUACCACCGAAGAACACGGCUGCUCAUUAACCACAUUUUAUGUUCGAGUGGAACAACAUGAACCCACAUUAAUGAUGAUUAAAACAUGCAAUAAUGAGGUAUUUGGAGCCUACUGUUCGUCCCGUUGGUUCGAGCGCAACGUAAAAGAUGACAAAGGCCAAAGACAAGCCUACUUUGGUACAGGAGAAACCUUCCUAUUCUCUUUGUAUCCUGAACGAGCUAAAUAUCCCUGGGUGGGUAUUGACAAUGACAAAGAUUUGGGCCAUUCAUCCGAGCUGUUUAUGGCAGCCGACUCAAAAAUGAUAACAAUUGGAGGAGGAGAGGGCCAAGCCAUUUGGAUGGAUGAGAAUAUACGCUUUGGAAAAACCGACAGCUGCAAAACCUUUAAUAAUCCGCCUCUCUGUCCUUCGGGUGAUUUUGAAAUACGAGUUUUAGAAGUCUAUGGUUUUGUGGGAGUUUAAAUAAUUUGUUUUUUAUGGGACUUGAACGUUGAAAUAAACGUUUGUGUUGUGUUAAAUUACAAGGCUUUUAGUAGAGCUUAUUUAUUAUGAGUCCUAAAAAGCCUUUCCUCUCUAUCUCCCCGCCGAUCAUAUACAACAAUAUGUCUUCUAUUUCUUUAUAUUAUUUUAUUCUAAUGGUUUCCUACUUUUCUUGCUUAAAUUUGUAUUUCUUUCCAACAACAUUUUUAAAUAAUUAAUAGAAAUUAUUAUUUGUUUUGUUUUAAAACAUAAAGAAAAACGUUAAGAAUUUUUUAAACCAAAUUUUAGAAAUUAAAAAUGAAAAAAAAAAUAAAAUAAUAAUAUGUAUCUACGUUAAAACAUAAAAUCGCUAGAAGCUUCUUCUUACCAUAACUAGUGAGCAAAUUUAUAUAUUACAUAAUAAAUAAUAAUAAUAUCUACAUAAUUAAAAGUAACAAGUUAAACAAAUGAUUCAUUACAAAGAAACAUACACAUAAAUACAUAAAUUAAUACAGCUACAUCAUAACUUAAGGUGUAAUUAAAGUUAUGCGAAAAGCAGAUAAAUAAAAUCAUAAAUAAUACUCUAUUCGUUUUGAAAAUGUAAAGUACAUAAUUGUUAAGGCAGAGGAAAGGAAACUUUAAUUUGAAAGAAUAAUUUUAUGUAAAACAAACUUUAUUUAUUUGAAGCAAAUAUUCGAUUAAUAAAUAUUUAUCUUCUUUCAAAUUAAGGUUUCCUGUAAAAUUUCUCUGUCAACAUUUUUUUCAAAUCCAAAUAAUUCCACAUUCAAAGAUUUCCACAUCGAAAGAUGUGCAUUUGAAAUUUGCGUAAAACUACAAACAAAGUUUUUAUCGCCAAGCCUUAAAAUUACAACCAACAACCAUUGUGUUAGUUUCCCAAAACGAAAAGCAUUAUUAAAUUUAAAAAUUAAGAGAAACGAAAAAUAACAAAUUACAAUUUAUAAAAGAAGAAAUUGUUUGAAAAUCUAUAUAAUUAUGUUUUUUUUAGUUUUUGUUUUGUUAUAAACUUUAUAUACAUAUAUUUCUUGUUAAUUAUUAAUACCUACCUUUAUUGUUUUUUAUAUUUAGUUAUUAUUUUUUGUUUGUAAUCAAAAACAAACCUAUGGACUGAUUUCAUUAAUUUUUAAAAAUUUAUUUAAAAGAUAAAAAUAAAAUGCGUUGUAAAAAAAUUCAUGAGUAUAAAAGAAUAAUCCAAAAAAAAACACGAUAAUUCAUAACUAGGGGACGGAUUUGCAUGCAUUUAAUUAACUAUGGAUCGCUCAAUGCCCAAAAAUUACACAACAGAGUUCCCAACAAAUAGUCUUUCGCGGAUUAGGCUCUUUAAAUUAUACUAUUAAUUAAUGAUAUUAAUGUUUUGAAAUCUAAAUAAAUUUAUUUAAAAUUUCACUAUCGAUGCCAUUUUACAGCAAAAUGUGUGAUUUGGAGAAAAAACAUGCAUAUAUAUGCAUAUAAAUCCGCCCCCUAUUCAUAACUUGUAUAUACAUAUAAAUAUCUUUUUUAUUUUGUUAUUAUUAUUAAUAUAUAUUAUGAAUAUUAUUAUUUCAAAAUAAAAUACAUAUUUUUUUAUAUUUGUUUAUUAACAAAAUUCUUAUGUUAUAAUCAAACGAAAAGGAAAAAUAAAAUACAUGAAUUCAUUUCAAUUACAUGUAUAUUAUAUAAUAAAAGAAAAUGGACAAAGAAAUACUUGGCUCAAUUAUUUAGAGCUUAUCAUUAUUAAUUUUUAUAUCUACAAAUAUAUAAAUGAUACAUAUAGUUUUUAAAUAAAUAAAUAAUUUUGCUGUUAUAUUGGAAAAAAAAUAAAUAAAAUAGUAAAUAAAUAUGUAGAUACCAGUUUUAUUUAUUUAGUCUACUUUCAUGAUUAGAAGCAAUGACGAAUAAAAACUGGUUUUGUUUUAAUCAAAAAUUGUAUUUUUCAUUUUGUUUUUAAUUUUUGUUUAGUAAGUUUCUUUUAUUAAAACUUUACCAAAUUUGUCUUAGAAAAAAUAAAUCAUUAAUGUUCACCCACAAUUAUUAUUAAUACUUAACUCAAAUCAAAUCGUAUGUAACUGUUAACUGUUGUAAUGGAAAAUAGCAAUGAAAGAUUUUCGAAAAAAAUACAUAAAAUAUUUACUUUAUUAGAUUUAAACUAAACAAUAAAACAAAUUGAAUUAUUAUAUUAAGUAUAUAAAUGUGUUAAAUUUAAUAAUUAUAAUGAGACAAAAAUUUAUGAAAAAUAUAUACAUACAUACCUGUGUUUAUGGUGACAUCUUAUGCAUAAAA